CAAAAAAGCAAUUGUCCCCCACACGACCCCUUCGGCCGCGGUUUCGCCCCGUAUCCACCUGCCACCCCGCCGCCGCCGUCCUGCCCCGGUGUCUCCGUCCGCGCCCACGGCCUCCCCGAUCCCGCCACCCCCAUUGCCCACGUCGCCCGCCCAACCCCAAUUCUUUACUCCAUCAUUGCUGCCAGCUCCCAACGCAGCCGAACCGAUCCGACCACCCGUCCAAAUUCACGCGAUAAGAACCGAUCCGGCCAUCUUUGCUGCUGCUUCCUUCGUCCUCCCUAUAUAACCACGCGGCCUGGAGGUGGGGCAAUGUCUCUUCCCCUUCGCCUGCACCGCCACCUGGUCCCGCGCCUUGCCGCCGCUGCAGCAGCCAGGUCGCCGCUCGCAGCCUCGUACGCUCCCCGGCCGGUCUCGCGGUUGCUGCCGCCGCCGGCCCUCCCGAUGGCGGCCUCGUACAGCUCUGGGUCCGGUGUCGACAGGAGGCUGCUCUUCAGGCAGCUCUUCGAGAAGGAGAGCUCCACGUACACCUACCUCCUCGCCGACGUCGCCGGCCCCGACAAGCCCGCUGUGUUGAUUGACCCUGUCGACAGAACAGUUGACAGAGAUCUUAAUCUUAUCAAGGAAUUGGGGUUGAAGCUUGUGUAUGCUAUGAAUACUCAUGUGCAUGCAGAUCACGUCACUGGAACUGGAUUAAUAAAGAGUAAGCUACCAGGAGUCAAAUCUGUCAUUUCAAAAGCUAGUGGAGCAAAAGCAGAUCAUUUUGUUGACCAUGGUGACAAAAUCUACUUUGGCAACCUUUACCUUGAGGUUCGAGCUACUCCUGGCCAUACUGCUGGCUGCGUGACCUAUGUAACUGGUGAUACUGAUGAUCAACCUUCACCAAGGAUGGCUUUUACUGGUGAUGCUUUAAUCAUACGUGCAUGUGGAAGGACAGACUUCCAGGGAGGAAGUUCUGAUCAACUGUAUCAGUCAGUGCAUUCACAGAUUUUCACAUUGCCAAAGGAUACCCUGCUUUAUCCUGCCCAUGACUACAAAGGUUUCACAGUAAGUACUGUUGAAGAGGAGGUUGCCUACAACACCCGACUAACGAAAGAUAAGGAAACUUUCAAAUCGAUAAUGGAAAACUUGAACUUGUCUUAUCCAAAGAUGAUGGAUGUAGCUGUGCCCGCCAAUUUGGUUUGCGGUAUUCAGGAUCCACCACCGAAGAUCUGAGCUGUUCCAGUUGAAGCAUGCAGCGGUGCUUCUGGUUAUUGUAAACUCACGACCACGUCGAGAGGCUUGCAGCUGUGUUGUACAUUAAAUAAUUUGUUUGCUGCAGCCUGUGCUGUUGAGAUAAAAUAAUUAGUCACUUGGCCAAGACAUGUAUGAUGUGGCAAAGACAUGUUGAGGCAAGCUGAUGUGGCCUCAUAGUUGUGACUUGCAACUAAAGGCGCUUGUUUGAUGAGAUCUAUGAGAAGAAGAAUAGACGUCAGCUUGCCUCUCGUCUUGUGCUGCACAAGGUUCUUAUAUCAAAUCAUUUCUGAUAUCAUUCUGAAACAAAUCUUACUU